AUGAUUAAAAAUAAAGGUCAUUGGUUGUAUGGAGGUGCUUUAAUGUUAGCAAUGCUUGGUGCAUUCAAAUAUACAAUGAAAUCCAAAUAAUAGAAGUUAACAGGUUAAAUAGAAUUCAGUUUACUUUAAUCUUCCAAUAUUCUUGAUUACACUAAGAAGCCAGCAGGUAUAAUAAACAAUGGGAAUACAUGUUUCUUGAAUUCAGUAUUAUAAGUAAGAUAAAUAACAUAAUUAGUGGCCUUAAGUUCAUAACCCAAUUUCGUUGAAUAUUUAUUUGAAUUAGUAUAGCAUAUUAAUGGUGAAACUACUUUAGAUUAGUAGAUCUGUUUAGAAUUGGCUAAAAUAAUGAAGUACCUCAAUAGUGAUUUGGAAGUUAUAAAUGCAUCUAAUUUAAUUGAUCUUCUAUCUGAAGAUGCUGAUUACUCUUUUUUUUAUUAAUAAUAGGAUUCUCAUGAAUUAUUUAAUAUGUUAAUGAAACAUAUAGAAGAAGCCAAUAAUUAAGUAAAUUCAUUUGAUUUAAGUAUGUUAAAAUCAAAAUAAAUGAAAUCCAAGAAUCCUUUUCUUCAUCAUACAAAGGUUUAAAUUAAGUGUAAUACUUGUAAUUAUUCUGUAAUAAUCUUUUAAUAAAUAUAGUUUAAUUCACUUAAAGUAGAAAGUAAUUAUGCAUUCCAUUUUCAUCUCAAUCAUGCAAGAACAAUUUAAGAAGCAAUAGAUUAUAUUUAGAAACCUGAAAUAAUCACUGAAUAUAUUUGUCUCUAUUGUUCUUUAUAAUUUUUAAAAAAGAAAUACACAUUGAAUGAGUAAUAGAACAUAAUUGAUUUAUAUCUCUCAGCUAACAGUUAUGAUGAGGAUUCUUUAAUUAUCCUUAAGAAAAUCAUAGAAUAAUUGAAUGCAGUUGAAGGAAAUUAAUAUAAAAUAGAUCCCUAGAAAGCAUGUCUUAAAAGAACUGUUACACGUUAAACUCAUAUUGCAAAAUAUCCAGUAUUUAAAUUAAUUUAUAUUUAUAGAAAACCUUUUGUUUCUUUGUUAAUCGACUCAUUGUAGAUCCUUAUCAUGGUUUGAUUAAAUUGGAUGAUCCAGUUUAUUUGGAUUCUAAUUUUAAAGUAGCUGAUAAAGAAUAUACUUUAUCUGCAUUAGUUUGUCAUUUAGGAAAUUCAAAAUCUGGUGAGUAUCUUAAUCAUCAUUCUAGGUCAUUAUGUUGCAUUCAAAAGAACAUUUGCUUAAGAUCUUGAAUCAUCAAUGAGUCGAAAUAAAUAAUACAAGAAAUGUGAAUGGUAUAUUACUUCUGACGUUAGAGUAACUCUUACAAAAUAACCAUAAUAAGGUGAAGCAUAUUUAAUUUUUUAUGAUACAUAUUGA